AUGAGUGCUAUUGCAGUUACAGUAUUACUAAUUGGGUUGAGUUGCGUUUAUGCACAAUACCCAUUUGGUAGAGGCUGUGGAGGAUGUCCGACUCCAAUGUGCCAACCAAGAAUGCCUUGUGCUGCCCCUAUGCCGAUGCCAAUGCCUAUGCCAGUCUGCCCACCACCUCCACCGUGCCCUGCUCAAUUCUGUCCACCACCACCAAUCUGUCCACCUCCGCCACCACCACCCAUGCCAUGCCCGCCACCACCUCCACCAAUGCCUCGACCAAGUUGUGGAUGUAUGCAACAACGUCCAUCAUUCUACCCAUCCUAUGUACCGCAAUACUACCAACCAAUGUUCCAACAACCGAUGCCAAUGCCAACUGCUGGAGGUUGUGGAGGAGGAUCCGUUAUGCCAGCAGUCAGAAUUCCUGCGCAGAACGAUUGCUGUUGUGGAUGUUCUUCUCCAUGCAAAUACAAAAGUGUGAGACGUGCUGCAUUUGCCGCAAAGACUGUGGAUCCAUCUUGCAAUAGUUCAGAACUGAAAAACAUCAUUCUUGAUAAUAUCAUCGAAGACGCAAGUGAAUCCAAGAGGAAUAUUCAGAAGAUCGCAGAGGAGACAUUAGGUCAUGAAGUGAAUGUCAUUUGUGGAACAGGAGAAUUCAGUUAUAUCGCUCAUACCGAUACAUUCUGUCAAGCGUUUAAAGAAAAUGUUACUUGUUACGCAUUCAAACCCUUGUAA